AUUGGUCCGCAGCAGUAUCCGGUGGGGCAGCGGUCCAGGGCUCGGGGAAAAAAAUCGAAGUGAGGAGGAUCUGGUAACGGUACGCUUCAGGAGAGGAAAAAAAAUAUCAUCCAUCCCGAGUCUCUACCGAAGGGCUCGGCAGGAAUUCUUCCGCUUCUUUACAAAGGUUAGAGGUUACAGAGCAGCGUUGCAGUUGUCGUCAUGGCAUCUGGAAGUACGAACAGUGAGGAGGAGAGGAGCCUGAGGGAGUGCGAGCAGUACGUGCAGAAACACAACAUUCAACAGCUGCUGAAGGAUUGCAUUGUCCAGCUGUGCACCUCCAGGCCCGACAGGCCCAUGGCCUUCCUCAGGGAGUACUUUGAGAGACAGGAGAAGGAGGAGACCAAGCAGAUCCAGAACCAACAGAAGGCCAGUAGUUCCCGUUCAGACUCGCGAGAUGAGGAGGUGUCUCCACCCAUGAACCCCGUGGUCAAAGGUCGCCGGCGGAGAGGAGCCUUCAGCGCAGAGGUUUACACAGAGGAGGAUGCAGCCUCGUAUGUCAGAAAGGUCAUUCCAAAAGACUACAAGACAAUGGCAGCGUUGGCCAAAGCUAUUGAAAAGAAUGUGCUUUUCUCCCACCUGGAUGACAAUGAGAGGAGUGACAUUUUCGACGCCAUGUUUCCCGUCACCUACAUCGCUGGGGAAACUGUUAUUCUGCAGGGUGAUGAAGGCGACAAUUUUUACGUUAUCGACCAAGGGGAGAUGGAUGUCUAUGUGAACAAUGAAUGGGUGACCAGCAUCGGAGAAGGAGGCAGCUUUGGAGAGUUGGCCCUGAUCUACGGCACCCCAAGGGCGGCCACCGUCCGAGCCAAGACCAACGUCAAGCUGUGGGGCAUCGACAGAGACAGUUACAGGAGAAUACUUAUGGGAAGCACUUUGAGAAAGAGGAAGAUGUACGAAGAAUUCCUCAGGAAAGUGUCCAUAUUAGAGUCUCUUGACAAAUGGGAGCGUCUGACAGUCGCCGAUGCCUUGGAGCCCGUCCAGUUUGAGGAUGGACAGAAGAUUGUUGUGCAGGGAGAACCUGGAGACGAGUUCUUCAUCAUCUUAGAGGGUUCUGCAGCCGUGUUGCAGCGUCGCUCAGAGAACGAGGAGUUUGUGGAAGUGGGAAGAUUAGGACCAUCAGACUACUUUGGUGAGAUCGCUCUGUUGAUGAACCGUCCCCGCGCCGCCACCGUCGUCGCCCGCGGCCCCCUCAAGUGUGUCAAGCUCGACCGACCUCGCUUCGAGCGCGUCCUGGGUCCCUGCUCGGACAUUCUCAAACGUAACAUCCAGCAGUACAACAGCUUUGUCUCGCUGUCUGUCUGAAGUCCCAGUCCCUCUUCCUCCUCCUCCUCCUCCUCCACCCUUUUCCCUCCUCCUCCUCCUCCUUUUAGACCCAGGGUCCACCAAUGCAAUUUGCUUUUUCGUCACUCUCCUCUUCUUCUUCUUCUCCUUCUUUCCUUUCACCUUUUUUCUUCUUCUUCUUCUUCUUCUCCCUCUGUUUUUACACACAGUUUAUUUUGUUGUCGGGCAGAGGUGACUUUUAGCCAUUCACCAGCGCUUGUACCAGCUGCUGUACGCUACCUUGUAGGCACAGUUACAUCACGUUACCUGCAUUUUAUAUAGGUGUAUAUAUACAUACAUACUUACGUAUAUAUCUAUAUAAAUUGCUGGUUUUGCUUUUGUUAUUAGAGCUGAACAUAAAACAGGAUUGUUUGCAGAUCUGACUGACAUGUGGGUCUCACACUGAGGAGACAGGACAAUCAAACUUUACAUGGCGCUUUUUGGUGACUUUGUUACAGAUUCAUGUUGCGGUCGGAUUAAAGCGAGUUUAAUCCGCAUUUUACAGUUUAUUUUUUUGUUUUCUUUGACAUCGCUUUAGUCUUUACGUGAAGAGUGAAGCAGGAGGAACUUGACUGCUCCCACUUCUGUUUUUUUUUUUUUUGUUGUUGUUUUUAGCUGUGAAUUGAUGCUCCGGUUGUGAUUUUCAGUGACUUUUAAGUUGGUAGAAUGAGACAACGACGAUGGUUUUUGCUUGGUUUAUGUGAGAGAGAGACUGAGAGAGCGAGAGCUUGUGCAACCUGAGGUUCUUAUUUAAAUGUGCGGCUGCCAGGCUAGUGCCAAAUGUUGAUUAUCGUCAUGACGCAAUGAUGCAUAGCCGUGGGAAAAAUGCAGUGGGUGUUCCGUUCCCCCCCUGACUAUUUGAGGCUCCAAACAGGAAAUAUUACGCUUUUUCCAAUAUACAGUCCCGGCACAGCUCUAAUAUACAUGGUUUGGUAUGGUUUUCCAUUACUAUAGUACUAUAGUACCAACGUGGCCGGAGUCAUAGCACGGCUACAAAAAAGAAACAGCCGUGGCACGGUUUUAUAUGCAACACAAACGCACAAAAUAGUGACUUGUAAAGUAGGUGUUUUUGGUCAUUAGAAUCAGUUGAUUCUAACAUCUAAUCCAGUGAUUCCCAAACACUGGGUCAGGGGCCACAGAUGGGUCAUGGGAGAUUUUUUUGGGGGUCAGAAAAAAAAAUAAUUAGCAGAAUUUUCCCCAACCUUUUUAGUGAGGAUUUAUGUGUAAAUAUGAGAAAUAAUUUGUUUGCUCUUCUCACAACUUAUGUUGUGAUUUGAGUCACAAAAGUUUGCCGCCUUUAAAAGUGGCACAUGAUUGCCAUGACUUCAUAUUCCCAGAGUCGUCAUAGCACGGCCGCGGCGAGGUCUCGCUCAUGACUCUGCCAGUGACGACACUUUCUGACCAAUCAGUGGCCGGCAGUCUGUUGACGUUACAUUUUAGUAUCGGCUCAGCUCGUUUAGAACCUCGCCAGGGCAGGUACUAAAAAAAAAAAACACCAGGUACUAUCCAAAAAAUAACGUGCCGUGUCGGGACUGUGUAGUGGAAAAGUGCCAUUAGGUUAUUAUUAUUAUUAUUAUUAUUAUUGUUCUUAUUACCCUCACUGUAAUCGGUAGACUGUCCAUACAAGAACUGCCUCAAGGAAAAACUAUUAAAUAAGAAAAUAUCUCAAAAAAACAAAACAAAGUAUUACAUGUAUUUCAGUAUUCUUUUUUUUUUUUUUAAGUAUAUACCAAAUAACUUGGUCACUCUUCUGCUAUGGUUUGUAAUCAAAAAUGUCCUCAUCAUAGUAUAGUAAAAAUUAAAAAAUCGCUGACUCAAUGAUACACUUAUGUUUUUGGAGUGAUGGUGAUCUUUAAAAAAAAAAAACAGGAAAAAAAUAUAUGUUUAACUGUCUUUUGUAAACACUUAUUUUUCCAUAAAUUCUAUUUUAGGUGUCCAGUGCCACAGAGUAAAUAAAUGCUUCUUCUUCUC